AUGUCGGUGAAGACUUCGGAUUUUGAUAAUAAGCUCUUUUUGAUGCAAAAACUGCUCGACGGUGCUCAUGACUUCUUCACUACUUCUUCUAUCAAACUGAAUGCAAAUAAAUCCGCCUUAGUUGUUUUUUCAACUAAUUAUCGUAUUCGUAAUAAAGAUGUAGACUUAUAUAUUGGUCCCGAACUAGCACCGCGUACACAUGAUCAACGUAUGCUCGGUCUUCACGUUGAUGAGGCUCUUACGUACGCAAAACAUUGCGAUAUAUGGCAGAAGAAGGUCUAUGCUCGCGUAAAAGUUCUGAAUCAUAUAACUUCUAGAUCGUGGGGUACCGGAAAUAAUGCUAUAAAGCAGCUGGCAGACCAAUUUAUCAUGUCCAGCGCUUUGUAUGCGUCACCGGGAUUCUAUGGCGUUGUGGGCAAUAAGAGGAGCUUCUCUAAACUUCAGACUGGGUAUAAUGCGAUACUCCGAGUCAUAUCGGGCUGCUUGAAGAUGACGAAGGUUAGUAAAUUGCCUGAGAUCUCAUCUCCAGCGAAGCAAGCUCUUUUACACCAAGCUGAGAAGAAGAAGAAGAAGCGGCUGAAGAGGAGACUCUCCUCAGGAGAGGAGCAUGUAUCAUCUGAUAGUAUCAGACAAUGGAAAUGGAAAUGGAUGGAAUGGCAAUGGAAGUAUCAGACUGAUACUUCCAUUGCCAUCGAGGAUUGCUCCGUGGAUGUUUAUAAGGAUUAUUCGAUUGCCAGAAAUAUGGAUAAGGGCCAGAGAGAGAGAGAGAGCUCCUCUUUCUUUGUGGUUAGCCCAAGUCGAUACUCUCUGGCUGACGACCCUCGCUUGACUACUCGUGCCUCCCAAACUAACUUCAACUGGAUGCGGGUGGGUGGGUUCAGGAAAGUCCCCAUUAACUAA